AUGUCGUUGUUUUCCACUCCUGCUUUAAACAACUAUGUCUCUAGCGCCACAACAUUUAUCAAGAAAUCAAUAGAGACAAAAGUGUUUGAUGAUGCUGGAUCAAAGGGCGCCUUUAUCGGAAUGAAUGCACCGUUGAUUGGACGUUAUGGUUUAACGAUCAGUUCAGGUGGUACAAUCAAUCUUGGCCGUUUCAAAGAUCCACGUGCAACUCUUCGUGAUGCACGUGAUAAUAAAGUGGUUGUACCACCGGAUUAUGGUAAUACGGCAACCAAGCCUAUACCAGCCACGAGAGGUGGUGAUGUAUCCUCUGCAUCAUUAUCGUAUGACCAGUUAAAAAAACAACUGCUUCAAAGUGGUAAAUUAUUCGAAGAUCCCGAGUUUCCACCCAAUGAUAAAAGUUUAUACUUCAGUCAAAGACCGCCAAAACAAAUUCAAUGGUUACGUCCUCAUGAAAUAUGUCCAAAUCCUGAAUUUAUUACUGGUGGUGCAUCACGAUUCGAUGUACGUCAAGGUGAAUUAGGUGACUGUUGGCUAUUAGCUGCUAUUGCUUGUUUAUCAAUGGACAAGAAAUUAUUUGAACAAGUUGUUGCUAUAGAUCAAAGUUUUACUAAAGAAUAUUGUGGUUUAUUUCGUUUUCAUUUUUGGAAUUAUGGUGAAUGGAAAGAAGUUGUCGUGGAUGAUCGUCUACCAACUUAUCAAAAAUCAUUAGUUUAUAUACAUUCAACUGAAAAAAAUGAAUUUUGGUCUGCAUUAUUAGAAAAAGCUUAUGCAAAAUUAUGCGGAUCAUAUGAAGCACUUAAAGGCGGUACAACUAGUGAAGCAUUAGAAGAUUUUACUGGUGGAAUUUCUGAAAUAUUUGAUUUGAAAAAAGAUACACCACCAAAUUUAUUACAAGUUAUGUUGAAAAGUCAAGAGUUAAGUUCAUUGAUGGCAUGUUCUAUUCAAGCUGAUCCAAAUACUCUUGAAGCUCGUUUACCAAAUGGAUUGAUUAUGGGACAUGCAUAUUCAAUUACAUCUGUUAAAAUGUUAGAUAUAUCAAUUCCAAAUAAAACUGGUAAAAUACCAUUAGUUCGUGUACGUAAUCCAUGGGGUGAUGAAUCUGAAUGGAAAGGUGCAUGGAGUGAUAAAUCAAAAGAAUGGUCACUUAUAUCACCAGAACAAAGACAACAACUUGGUUUAACAUUUGAUGAUGAUGGUGAAUUUUGGAUGUCUUAUCAGGAUUUUAUAUCAAACUAUGAAAAACUUGAAAUAUGUCAUCUUGGACCACAGUCUAUGGGUGAAAUGGACGGAAAUCGUGUUUGGGAAAUGUGUAUUGAAGAAGGUUGUUGGCAGCGACGUGUAUCAGCUGGUGGAUGUCGUAAUUUUCUUGAUACAUUUUGGAUAAAUCCACAAUAUGUAGUAACUGUUGAAGAUCCAGAUGAAGAUGAUGAUGAAAAUAAAGGAACAUUAAUUGUUGGUUUAAUGCAAAAGAAUAGAAGAAAAAUGAGACGUGAAGGUGUUGAUCUACUAACUAUUGGUUAUUCUAUUUAUAAAUUACCUGAACAGCAACAAGGUACAUUGGAUAUGAAAUUUUUCAAAUACAAUGCAUCAGUUGCACGUUCACCAGCAUUUAUUAAUUUACGUGAAGUAUGUGGUCGACAUAGAUUAGAUACAGGACGAUAUGCAAUUAUCCCAUCAACAUUUCAACCAAAUGAAGAAGCUGAUUUUAUGUUGCGUAUAUUCUCAGAAAAACCGCGUAAAACUCAAGAAUUAGAUGAAGAGAUCGGUGAAACGGAACCGACAACUGUUGUCAAACCAUUGACUGAUAUUCAAGUAGAAGCAUUACAGAAAGCAUUCAAUAAAGUCGCUGGUGAUGAUGGUGAAAUUGAUGCAGAUGAAUUACGUGAUAUAUUGAAUUGUGCAUUUACACGAGAUUUUACUUUUGAUGGAUUCAGUUUGGAAUCGUGUAGAAGUAUGAUUGCUAUGAUGGAUGUCGAUCGUUCUGGUAUGUUAAACUUUUCAGAAUUUCGAAAAUUAUGGGAUCUGUUACGUGUAUGGAAGUCUGCAUUUAAACAAUUUGAUACGGAUAAAAGUGGUUCAAUGAAUUCGAUUGAAUUAAGAAAUGCAUUGAAACAUGUUGGUUUUUCCAUUAAUAAUGCAACAUUUUCUACAUUGGUAUUACGUUUUUCACGUCGUGAUGGUAGUGUACCAUUUGAUAGUUAUGUAAUAUGUUGUGCACGUUUACAAAUCUUAUUUGAAGUAUUUAAAGCAACACCUAAAAAUGAUCAAUUACAAGCAUUAUUUACUGAAAGUGAAUUUGUAAACAGUGCACUCUAUAUGUAA